AUGACAGACUUCUCAACCUUGGUCCAACAAAAGUAUGACGCUGCACUGGCCUCAAAAGAUCUCCUGUUCUUUGAAGCCGAGACAGUAAAGAAAGACACGCGAGGAAUCAACUUUGAAAUCACAUGUGUUCCUUCUCUUGGACAAAAACCAAAAGCAAAGGAUAAUGAUGAUAGUAAAGAGGGAGAAAAGAAGGAAGAAAAGGUUGAUCCCUUUUUGUCUCCAAAUCCCAAUCUCUUGGUAGAGGAAAAAGACCAGCAUCUCAUCUUGCUCAACAAGUUUUGUGUUGUUCCUAACCAUAUUUUGGUAGUUACCAAAGAAUUCAGAAAGCAGACCGAGCCUCUGUUCCCUACCGAUUUGUAUGAGACAUGGGUAGCUUUGACUACAGCAUAUGGCAAGACACCCGCUGUUGCCUUUUACAAUUGUGGACCUAACUCUGGUGCAAGCCAAGCGCAUAAACACAUCCAAAUAAUGCCCUUGAGACACGAUGGACCCCAGCCUCCCCUUCUUUCUGCAUUUGAAGAAAUUAAGGAUCGCAAAGCAGGCCAGAUUUAUACAAUUGAUAAGAUACCCUUUAUUCACGUCAUUACUCCCCUGGACCGUCCUUUUAUUGACAGCAGCACAAGCAAGGAUGAAUUGGAAGAUUAUCUGGGCCAGAUGUUUUUUGGCCUUCUCGAUGGCAUGUUCCACCAGAUGCGUCAACACACUCAGCCCACAAAGACAUCCUACAACUUUGUCAUGACUGACCAGUUCAUGCUACUCGUCCCUAGAUCAAAGGAGUCUGCCAUACUAGAGCAUGAUGGCAAAGCCUUUGAGAUUUCGGUAAACUCACUUGGCUUUGCUGGUCUUUUGCUUUGUAAAUCAGACGACGAGAAAAAGGCUCUCGAAGCUCAUCCAGAUCUUUUGGAGUUUCUUGUUCAGUUAGGUAUGCCUUGGUCUAAUAUCGUCCAACCUGCUGAGCCUGCAGGAGAGGGUGGGUUGGCACAAUGA